AUGAAGCUUUUAGCGCUUUUGUCAUUUUUGGCUCUUGUUGGAAUUGCAUAUUCCCAGUGCUGCAGAGGAUAUCCAGUCGGAGCUUGCGUGAACUCAAUGUGUCCAAAUGGAACAAUGUGCACAAAUGGAUAUUGCUGCCCUGGCUGCUAUGACACCUGCACUAACUGCUAUCAAUAUACCAACUUGUGCAAUAAUCCGUAUUAUUCAUGCACAAUGAGUUGUUGUCAAGCGACUUGUGGAAAAUGCCAUCCAUAA